AUGCCUGAAAUGAAUGUCAUCAAUAACGACAAGUUUGUCGUGCCCCGGAGCACCUCCGAGUCUCCUCCUCCUCCUCCUCCUCGUCCACCCCAGCCUCGAUCACCUCUCGAUCCACCCGGCCCUGUCGUCGCAGCUGCUCGCCGCCCACUCCGCAGCGCUGCUGGCGACACUGCAUUUCCCUUUGCAGAGGCCGACGACGAGGCCGAGCUGCCGCCUUCAUACGAGAUUUCCACUCUCCCCAGACCAAGCGACGCCCAUAUCCACGUCACCGUCCGAUCAAACACCAGCGCCUCAUCCCUCCCAUCCCUCAUGGCAGGCCGAGCCGGCGGCCGCGGCAGUAUCAACACCCAGGGCUACCUGCUCACCGCGCCCAUGAGCCACACGACCACCGCCAGCAGCAACACCGCUGCCAGCGCCUACUACAACCUCCGCGGCCUGGAUAGCCGCCGCCCCUCGCGCUGCGACCAUCAAUGGGACCACUGGGACCGCCGUAAUCAUCACCACCAUCAUCGGGAAGCCGGGUCCUCAGGCUCCGGGGGAUGCUGCGGCUUCAUAUCCGGCUCAGACGACGGGUGCUGCUUCUCCAGCCGUGGCGGGUGCUUCUUCUCCGACCGCGACGGAUGCUGCUUUUCGGAUCGCGGCGGCUGCUGCUUCAGCGACCGAGAGGGAUGCUGCUGUUCCGACGAGCGCGGGUGUUGCUUCUCGAGCAGCGAGGGGGCUUGUUGCUCGGAUGGCCCGGGGUGCUGCUGCUCGCGGUUUGAGGACGAGAGGCUUCCGGUGAUGGAGAAUAACGUGAGGUUUGCGUGAAGUCUUUUUUUUUUUUU